AUGUCGUUAAUAUCAGACAUUGUAUGGAUUAAGCGUGGAGUUCCGAAAGCUCAACCAGAUAAAGUGCGAUUAACAGCGAAUGAAAUUAGCGAAUUAUUAAAAGCAAAAUGCAGAUCUAAUCCUCUGGCUGGAAUAGCAAUGUUUGCAUCGCCUAUGGAAGAUCCGCACGUUACAACUCAAGUGGAUAGUGAUGAAGAAGAAAGAGAAGAUUUUCAAGUCAAACCGGAUGAUAAUUUUGUUGUAGUUGGUAAAAUUUUCAAGAAUGAAUAUACUUUGGAGGUAUAUUUGUAUAACGAAGCAAAUGAUGACUGGUAUGUUCAUCACGAUUAUAUUUUGGACAUACCACCAUUGUGUUUGGAACCAGUAUAUUUUGAUUUUGGAAGUGAAGAUAAAAAAGGAAAUCUUUUGGCAGUAGGUGGUAUGGAUGCAUCAAUAAAUGUUUGGGAUUUAGAUUUGGUAAAUUCAGUGGAGCCAUUAUUUACUCUAGGAGGAGUAAAAAAAACUAACAGAAAGCGACAGAAACGUGAUGGUAGUGCUCAGGGCCAUAGUGAUGCAGUGCUUUCAUUGUCGUGGAAUCACCUAACUGAACAUGUACUUGCUUCUGGAAGUGCUGAUAAUACCGUUAUUUUAUGGGAUCUAGAGGAAACAAAACCUGCAACUGUUCUAACAGAUUUUAAUGGAAAGGUGCAGUCAGUAAUGUGGCAUCCAGUGGAGUCACCUAUCCUUCUAACAGGAACUUUAUCAGGCCAAGUUGGAAUUAUCGAUUGUAGAAACUGUGAUACUUUGUCGAAACAGUGGGAUAUUAAUGGGGAAGUAGAACGGCUUGCAUGGAAUCGUUUCUGUCCUUUUUAUUUUUUCGUCGUCACUGAUAAUGGUCAUUUAUUUUAUGUGGAUACGCGGGCUAAUGGAUCUGUUUUCUCCAAAAAAAUACAUGAGGGAAGUGCUCAUAGCAUCGAGCAAAGUUGUUAUACAACAGGUUUAUUAUCUACGUCUGGUGAAGAUGAGCUUUUAAAAAUUUGGCGGUUAAAAGAUGAUGGCACUGAUGUAGAACUUAUCAUCGAGCGAAAGAUGGGUCUUGGUAAUUUACACGUUUGUCGUUUCUCUCCAGACUCUGGGGCUGUGCUAGUGCUUGGUGGUGAAAAGGAAGAAAUGGUGAAAGUUAUUGAUGUAAGCAAAUUUGAAGAAGUACAAACAGCUUUCAGCUAA